AUAGUCAUUUAUUGACCCCACCACACACCGCACUCCGGCCCCAGUCUCAAGAGGGACCAAUAUAUACUACUAAAAUAAUUUAAUUGUAUGCUAAAUAAAUAUCAAUUAUAUAUCCUGGUGUGCAUCUUGGUAAAAUGCUUAGGGUAGUGAGUUUGGCGUCGUGAUUAUAGGUACCUAUUUUUACUAUUUUUUUUUAGCAAACUAAUUAUGAGUUGAAAUUCAUAUUUGUGGGAGAAAUUAUUUAUUAAAAAAACUGGUUAUAACAGUAAAAUAUUAAAAUAGUAGGUUGACAGUUAAUAUAUGUAAAUCGAACGUACAUCGAACAAUGUACAGUUAUAAAUAUUUCAGAAUACAACAUUUUUAAGGACAUCUAAAAUCAAUGUGGUCAACUGGUUACCCUGUUAAAAUUUGUUUGUUUAUUUUUUAAUGUUGUGUAGUGUAGGCGCAACGUCUGGUAUAGGUGUUAAAUGAAUGUGUUGUUCAUGUUAGUUAGUAUCAAUAUAUAUAGUUAUUAACUUCUAAAUAAACUUCAAUACUCCGUAAUAAUUAAUACAGAAAGGAGAAUUGUACGUAUUUUCAAUGACAGCUUAAAACGUCUUGAUAACCAACUUCUUAAAUUUGUGGAUAAAUCGCAGUCCCAAAUAGAAGAUAAUAUAUAUGGCUAUUGUGCGGUUGAAACGGCGCAUAAGCGAUGAACCAGUAGAAGCUUUGUUAUUGUCAUGUAAAAGAAAAUGCCUCGAACCGGGUGAAGCUUUAACUGAAGACAAUCCAUUCUCCACUGUGGUUCAAUUUGCGGGGACUGUUACAACCCAGGAUGAAGAUGUUGUCCGACAAGUAUCCAAGAAGCUGCGGGAAGCCCCUAAAACUGCUUUUUCCCACGUACCUGACCUGCGCAGCAAGCUGCGGGAUGACGUGCGCACAGCAUCUCAAGAAAAUAGAUUCAAGGUAGUGAAUUGUUUCCGUGCGAUAGACAUAGACGAUGUUGCUUCAAAUGGUACAGGUGGUGAGGCAAGUGGCAGUGAACAAAUGAAGAAACCUUUAACCAUUUUCGAUAUUGUCAGGAAUGACGAAAGUCUAGCAGACUUGACCAAACAUUUUGAAGAUAAAGCCAAGGAAGAAGGAUUUGCAUACGACCUGUAUUACGUGGACUUGAAUGACAUGUUGCUGGAAAACUCUGUUGAAUUGGAAGUUUACCAGAAAGAUAUGUUUUUCCCCAGGGAUAAAAAUAUCAAUUCUGAUACGGAUGAUGCGUCUGAAGAUUCCAAUGCCGAAAGUAAUUGGCGAAACGAGUAUCCAGAUACAGAAGACAGCUGUAGUGUUGAUGAAGAUGACAUGAGAGCGGCAGUAAGGAUGGAGAAUAACUACUCGGCUGAUCUGUCCAGCGAUGAUGAACAUCUGCUGACAAUGAGUGGUUUGAAACUGGACGCUAGUGAUGUUCAUCAAUAUGGCAUUAGCCAGGCAUACUCCAAAGCUUUACAUAAACACGACCAUAGUUAUGCAUGGACUGCAGAAGCUAGUGACGACGACGAAUAUUCCAACGGUAGUGAUUCAAAUGACUCCAUGAAUGAGGAGUAUUCAGAUUGAAUUUUACAUUGAAAUUUUUUUUAAGCUUGCCAUGUGUAUUUCUUGUACUGUGUUGAUGUACAUAUAUAUUUUAUUUCACUCUGAACAGAACUGCUGUAUUUACUGAUGUGUGCACAACAUUUUGUGAUUCUCUUCUAUGUCAUCACAAUAUGUCAUAUGUGAUACUAUGUAGUGAAAUAUAAAAUAGUAGUUUUACUAAACAAAAA